AAGAAACUCACUCAUAUCUGCGACAUUGCAUACGCGAGCAGCUGAGAUUUGGAUCACUCACAAUGAAGUUUGCAGUCUACGACAUGUUCCUAUUUUCUAGUCAUCUUGAACUUCUUUCUGUUAUCUUCCUGCUUUUUUUCAACUGCGGACUCUGCUCGACAUGCCAUCAAACAGUCCUCUCGACCCUAAGGCUGCUGUCUUCGUCGCAAAGCAAUCAACCAAAUCUUCAAAGCAGCUCAAUCCCAAGGCUCCGGCAUUCGUGUCAUAUCAGACUUACAACCGCCUAGCACAGGGGAUCUAUCAGCAACUCCAAGCAUCCUACAUCGGCUAUCGUGCUGGCCCUUGGAAUGGCUACCUACAGUCGAGUAUGUCAGAUCUACGACACGACCGAGCCUGAGAGUCCGACUGUCGGGAUCUUCUCUAUACCGCUCGAAUUACGGUUGAGAAUCUACGAGCAGAUUCUUGAUGAGGAAUACGAAAUCCAUGAGACGGGAGUACCAGCACUUCUCCGGACACGCUUACAGAUUACACGCGAAUACUAUCAGCUCUGUACUUUACGCAUCGUCCUGGUCCGGGAGAGAAGGAUCGACGCCACAAGACGUAGAUUCCCAGCCUUGACGAAUGGGUUGAAACUCGGCAAAUCGCUGGUCAGGCGUGAGAGAGACAAAAUCGAAAAACAUCGCGUCUGGGAGCACUGGGAAAAGAUCAUGGACUUCGGCAUGACGAUCCCUAGACGCGACUUGUUCGUCCAUAUUCGCAUCGAAGCUUGGUGUAAGCAUGCGGCCAUGUACCCGGAGAAAGCUUUGCGUUCACAUGGACAAUGUCGAGAUUGCAAGGUCCGUCGGUUGGAAAGGUCACCAUGGACUUGCCGUGGAUGGCAAUCCUUUUUGGCGGUCGCGGUGUUAUAUGUAUUGAUUACUGGUGUGUUGUUCGGGAUGAUCUACUUGCUCAAGAAGAAGAUGCCACAAGGUGAAGAUGCUCGUCGCUGGAGGUGUUUGGUACAUUAGCUAGGGUGACGUGCUGGAGCCUUCAGUACCACGACCACGAUCAGUGAAUUGUCGAAUCAAAUAGAUUAGAUGUCGUUAUGCUAUACUGUAUGAGUACAACAGCUUGCGUGCCAGGAAUCCAACAUUGAC